GGCGACAGGGGGCGUUGCAGCGGACGUGGUGCCUCGGUGCGCUCCGGUUGGUCUGAGCGACAGCCGCCUGUCGGCCUCCCGAGGAGAAGGCGGAAGUGGCGCCGGCGGGGAGCGGCCGGUGGGGCCGCGGGUCGGCGGUGUAGGGUCUUCUGCCCGUGGCUGUGGGGCUCUCUGCACACACUGCCAGCUCCUGACACUGAGGGUUUCAGUGCGGAAAGGUGUCUACCCUCCAUGGGGAUCUUCACACAUAAGUGAGGCGGCGAGAGGGAGACCACCCAAUUUACAGGAUGGCGAGGCUUGGUUUGCUGCAGAGAUUUGGGCAGUGAGCAUUUCUGUGUAGCACUUGAUUAGCUACUAUGAGCUUGCUAUAUAGUGAUAACAGUUGUGGAGCCCAAGACGUGGAAAGUGGCUGCUGUGCAGCCAUGGCCAGUGCCUGCAGCGUUGGAGCAAAAGAAGACAGCAUAAGCAUCAGCAGUGGGACUGGAAACCCUCCAAGUUCUUUCACAGAGGAACCACAAGGAUAUGAUGUGGAGUUUGAUCCGCCCUUGGAAAGUAAAUAUGAAUGUCCAAUCUGUUUGAUGGCUCUUCGGGAAGCAGUGCAGACACCGUGUGGACACCGUUUCUGCAAAGGCUGCAUUGUCAAAUCAAUAAGAGAUGCAGGUCACAAAUGUCCGAUAGACAAUGAAAUUCUGCUUGAAAAUCAACUUUUUCCUGACAACUUUGCUAAACGGGAAAUACUGUCAUUAAUGGUUAAGUGUCCCAACAAAGGCUGCAGUACGAAGAUGGAGCUGAGGCAUUUAGAGGACCACGAGUUGCAGUGUGAUUUUUCCACAGUGGAAUGCCCACAGUGCCAAGGAGCCUUCCAGAAGAACCAUCUGAAAGAGCACAUGACGCAGGAGUGUCCGAGGCGUCAAGUCUGUUGUCCAAACUGUGCCACAUCUAUGGCCUAUGAAGAUAAAGAGCUUCAUGACCAAACCUGCCCACUUGCCAAUGUAUUUUGUGAAUAUUGCAACACAGUGCUCAUCAGAGAGCAGAUGCCUAACCAUUAUGACAAUGAUUGUCCUACUGCCCCGGUGCCAUGUUUUUACAGUGCUUUUGGGUGUCCUGAAAAGAUGCAAAGGAAUGAACUGGCACGACAUAUGCAGGAGUUCACUCAGGUUCAUAUGAGAAUGAUGGCUCAGAGUUUUCAAAAUAUCAGUGUUACUGCUACAAAUCCUGUACCCUUCAUCAAUGGCCUACCCUUUGAACCUGCCCUCUUCUCACAUGUGUCACACACCGCAUAUGAUUGUAAUCCAGAAGUUGAAAACUUCAAAGAAACUAUUCAGCAGUUGGAAGGUCGUCUGGUAAGACAAGAUCACCAAAUCAGAGAACUCAUUGCUAAAAUGGAGACUCAGAACACUCAUAUGGCAGAACUCAAACGUACAAUCCGCAAUUUGGAGGGGAAGAUUAGUGAAAUGGAGGCACAGCAAUGUAAUGGUAUUUAUAUCUGGAAGAUUGAGAACUUCAGUGGACUUCAGAAAGCCCAGGAAGAAGAGAGACCUGUUGUGAUGCACAGUCCUGGAUUCUACACUGGAAAGCCCGGCUACAAGCUGUGUUUGCGCCUGCAUAUUCAGUUACCAAAUGCUCAGCGUUGUGCUAAUUUUAUAUCUCUGUUUGUCCACACUAUGCAGGGAGAAUAUGACAGCCAUCUGCCUUGGCCUUUUCAAGGCACUAUACGACUUUCUAUUUUGGAUCAAUCAGAAGGCCCUGAAAGGCAGAAUCAUGAAGAAGUAAUGGAAGCCAAGCCAGAAUUACUAGCUUUCCAGAGACCAACAAUUCACCGCAAUCCAAAAGGUUUCGGUUAUGUGACAUUCAUGCACCUGCAAGCCUUGAAGCAAAGAACCUUCGUAAAGGAUGAUACCCUUCUGGUGCGCUGUGAAGUUCUAACGCGUCUAGAUUUAAACAGUCUCCGCAGAGAAGGAUUUCAAGCUCGCAGUACGGAUGGAGCUAUGUAGCCUGUAAGUCUUAAACAGAGUAAUGGAGCCACUAGUCAUGUUCUUCCACCACAGAUUACAACUGUGUGUUGCAUUUCUAAAAGACCACAGUUGCCAACAUAGUUGAUCUUCACCUAAAUACAGCUUUGUUGUUGCUGAUAUACUUCUUUUUUCUGUACAAGCUCAUAUGUUCAAAUAUUUGGUAUUGUUCUCUAUUAAAGUAAUAAGCUACUUCUAUAGCAAACUAACUGAAUGAAGUGGUAUUAAUCAAAACUGUCAACAAGAAAAUCCUGUUGAAGUACCUGUACAUCUCAGUUUGGUAAAACAUGAGUAAUAUUAGAAAAGAUCUGUAGAUCUUUUUGCCUCAGUGCCUUGAAAUUGAUACUGUAGCAGGGAAGUAGCUAAAUUAAUAAAGAUGAGGGUUGGUUGGUCUGUUCUUUCGUUUGCUUGUUUUCACAGAGCUUGGGAAAGUUGACACAGUUGCUAUAUUGACUUAUGUAGAAUUUUGAAUUGCCUAUGCUUCCCUUGAAACCGGAAGUCAGGUUAAGACUUUGCUCACAUAACCUAGGGUUGAAGUAUCCUUUGACCCUUCCUUGCUGCUGAGUUAGCUUCAGGAAGUUACAUGUCGAUGUAGAGUUGAUACUAGUAGUUCUGAAAGACAUGUCAUAGUGUUGUGGAGAAGGCUAAAUGACUGAGCUGAGUUCACUGAAGAAAUAUUUGUAAUGUGCUCUGAAAGCACCCCCCCCAAUUCUCUUUAUCUUGAUAAAUAAAUAUUAAUAAAUAUUUUUUGUGUGUUCUCCAGGCCCAGAAUGUCUAUCAGCAGAGAGAUAAAAGUGUAGUGUUUGAAUGAGAUACCUUUGUGCUGGUGGAAUCUUUUCCUAGUGCUACAUUUUUCAGGUUGUGAGUGGAUACAUGAGCAAAGGUAUGUACUAACUAGACAGGAUGAUAGAGAAUUUGUUUUACUGUUGUUGAAACCUGAAUUAGUACUAAAUCUGAACUUGUGAACUGCAUCUGUUUGAGUGAUCUCUUGGUGUUCUGGAUGAUGUAUGAUCUGUGUAAUCUCCUAUGAAUUCUCAGUGGACAGGUGGCCACAUCAACAUCCAGCUGUCACGGGUAUUUCCCAUCCCUUUAGACAAUAGAAGCUGGGCCACCCUUAACACUUUGGAAAGGAAGAAAAGCCCUAAUAAUUAAUAUUAGACAACAUAAGAAAAAACUGCAAUCCUGUUUGCUCUUAGGAAAAAAACCUGGCUUCCGUAGCUACUCAUUUACCAAACACUAGAGUCACUAUGUCAAGAAUUCAUGAGCUUCAUAACAUGUAUUGUUUUCUAUACUGGUUGUAUGCCGUAUAAAUGUUAGUUUUGACCAGUCAAAUCUGAGUAGUUCAAGGCCACUGGUGCUAAAAAUUUUAACUUAUGGUGCUGAUAAAGUUCUGAAUAUUGUCUUUAAAAGGAGGGAAGAAAAAGGUUUUGUUCACCCCAUAACUUAAGGAUACAGUCUGAUACUGGAGAAAGAAAUAAGCCCUAUGUCAGCGUAUGCGUGUUAUUUCUCCAAACUAGUGAAGACACUGAUUCUUAAAAGAUACUGGAGAGUAUUCCAACUGUGUGGCCUCAUCAAAGCAAUCCUAUGGGGAUCAUCGGUGGGGAAAGUGCAUAUGCUUAAUAUAUACAAGGCUAAUAAAAGAUCACUAUAGUAUAUUGAUUUUGGAGGAUACUCUCCCUGCCUGCAUGAGAUUAAAAGUUCCAGGACCCAACAAAUGACUUUGUUUAUCGUAUCCAGAUGAAUAAAAUUUUUUUUGCAGAUAGAGGCUAUUAGCUCAAGAAGGAUUGCAUUGAAUGGAGUAGUCACUACUGAAAUGUGAACUUCCUGGCUAAUGCUAAAUGCAGUCAGACUUAUUUAGUGUGUUUUGUGUGUUUAGAAGACAGGUGUGUAUAUAAUGCUUUAAAAUUGUCUUUUUAAACCUCUUAAGUAUUUUUUUAUGCUGAAUAACCUCAUCCUAUUAGUUGUCUUCAGUUAGAGCAUUCCUAGUAGUUAAACCAUUCUUAACCAAGUGCUUUAAUGUACAUGGCAGUGCCCAGACCCACUGUAUACAGAAGGCACUGUACACUAGUUCUCCAAUCACUUUCAAGCUCUUGUUAGUUAUCCAUGUUUUCCCAAGAUGCUGAAAGACCACCUUUCUUUUUUCGGGGAGGAGAGGUGCGGGAGAGGGGUGCAGAUGAGACACUUCUAAUCUGAGAGCUUCUUCCUGCCCCAGUUCCUUUCUCAACCAUAGUGUUAUCAAUAGAAAUUUCCUUAGUCUGUGUUCUAAUAGACCUGGUAAGUGCAUUAAUACUUUCUUUCCUUUUGAAGCUUUGCAUUAUGAACUGAAUUUUGCUUUGAGCUCUAUCUGAUGUACUUCUGCCUUGGGAGGAAACUCACUUUGGUGGCAGGUUCAGGAGUUUAAAUUUUUCAGGUUAAUAUUAUACAACAGCACAAACCAAUAGGAAAUAGAAAGCUACUGCAUAUAUAAUACUGUAUUAGCUACAGUAAUAUGAAUGCCUUAUUCACUGCUGCUAUUCUACUGGUUUUGUAUUUUAAUAUUACCAAGUAGAACUCUGACUGAUGCCAAAUUACUGUAAUACCAGAGUUUUACAAGAGACUUUCAGAGCUAAUUUGCUAUCAGUUACAUCUUUGUCAUGAAAAAUUAUAAAUGUUAAGGAAAUGUCUAUUCAUCAACUUGUUCCACUUUCUUCUUCCCCCACCUUCCAAGCUACUCUUCAUUUUAACUGCAGUUCCAGAGCUUUCUCGUACAAAUAAUAUUAUUUUCAAGUAAGGGAAGAACUAUUGUUACCAUCUCAAUUUAUAGUCUUCAUGACCACUGUCUUUUAUUCAAAUUUUUCGAAGGUUAGCAUGAAGAGAUUAAGUUUCUAUGUGAAAAUGUAUUUUCACUGAAACAGCCCCUUUUAUUUUCUCCUCCCUGCAAAUCUGAUAUUUUCUUCUGAGAAAUCAUGGUGGAUCAAGGUAUAAUUGCUAGAACUACUUAAGUGGAAUCAGAAAGGAAUGCAGUGUCAAGAGUUGUCUCUAAAAUAAGUAUGUGUAUUUAACCAGUUUUCUGUGUAAUUUCUUGAGUUCUGUAACUCUUGAGGCUUUGUACCAUUAUCUCAAGGUGGUUUAGAAAGUGGCCUGGCUUCUUUUAUCUUCCAAUUUUCUGUUGUCUAGAACGUGUUUUAAGUCAGCCAUGCUUAGUAUGUGUAUUUGCAAAGCUGCUAUGGCAUAGAUUUGCGAAUUAUAAUAUAAUGCAAAUGUGGGUUUGCCUCUGAAUGUCUUCCCUGCAGGGCAGGGAAAAUUAUUUUACUAAAAAUGUUGGUAUGUAAUAUAUAUGUGGGAGCUCAGAUGAUGUGAGAUGUAUAGACUCGUUUUUUAAGUGGUCUCAUGGUAUGCCUGGUUAUGUUGAUAUCAAGGGAUUAAACUUGCUAAUGAAGUAAGAACAGAAAUGCCACCCUGAUGUCAUGUAGAGUCACUUUCACAUCAAAUGUAUUGAUGAUGGAUGCAAAAGAUUAUUCUAGGAUCAGUGUUAAAGGUUAGUAUUGAUUUGAACAGAAUGAAAGUACUCCUAUUCCCUUGGAAGUACUGAUAGAUUGUUUAAUAUAUUUUGUAAUUAAUGCAAUGCUAUAUUUCUGACAUGAUUUUAAAAAAAUAAACUAAUAAAACUGUG